AUGUCAGAAGAUUCCCAGAGAAAUUUCCGAUCUGUGUAUUAUGAGAAAGUUGGAUUUCGUGGUGUGGAGGAGAAGAAAUCCCUGGAGAUAUUGUUGAAAGAUGAUCGGUUAGAUAUUGAGAAGCUGUGUACCUUCAGUCAGAGAUUUCCUCUUCCAUCCAUGUACCGAAUUCUUGUAUGGAAAGUACUUCUUGGAAUUCUGCCCCCUCACCAGGAGACUCAUCUCAUGGUGAUGGUACACAGGAAGGAGCAGUUUUAUGAUGUUCACCAUGCUCUGCAGGUUAUGCGCAUCAUCAAUGACACUACUCCUCAGACAGAUGUGUUCCUCCGUAUGCAUCAGCUGGAGACAGGGAAACUGUCUCGAAGCCAUACUUACCUUCUGGAAUCAGAGGAUGAGUUGUUCCUGGCUAUAGCUAACAUGAUGGAGGAGAUGGUUGAUGAUGAGGUAGAUUGCUACUGGCUCACCAAACAUUUUGUGCAUCAUUUGGACACUAAGUUUAGAGAUUCCCAAGCUGCGAUGCAAAAAGGAUUUGAGCAUUACUUAAACUUAGAGGACAGCAGACUGGUGGCUCAUCUGAAGACGUGCAAUGCUUUGGAAAAGCUCCCGUAUGACUUAUGGUUCAGGAAUUGCUUUGCCGGUUGUUUACCUGCAUCCAGCUUGCAAAGGGUGUGGGACAAACUCGUUAGUGGAUCCUGCAAGAUUCUUGUAUUUGUUGCUGUGGAGGUUAUGUUAACUUUUAAAAUGAAAGUUACGGCCUUGAAUAAAUCCGAUAGUAUUAAUGAGUUUUUGGAAAAGGUAAGCAAGUCAAAUCCGCUAUGUAUCUACUGAGACCUGUUAAAAACUGUUUUUUUUUUUUAAUUCUGU